AUGCCGAGUGUACUGGGCGGCUUCGUCGGCGAGCGCCUUUCUGCUCCAUACAAGGAUCUUCCAGUACAUCCACUAGUUUCACCUGCGGUGGACUUUUCGUUCCGUAAUAUCUCCAAAGUUCGGCCGUCAUGCGCGAAUUGUUUCCCGCAAACAUCGCAAGAUUUGUAUCACAACUAUGUUGAUCUGUUUGAUUUUCCAAAGGUCAGUUAUAAUUUUCCUCCAGAAAGAAUUAUUGUUAUUUAUUUACUUCACCAGGCGGCUACGCACGCUAUUGCGUGCGCAGGGGGCUAUAGCCAUAAAGGAGGGAGCCACAUGAGCUUCUGA